UCUAGUUGCACUACGACAGUUCCUGGCAAAACGAUUCAAACCUUCAACAGUGAAAGUAUUAUUUCGUUCUAUACCUACAAAGUGCAAAAUUCUUACCACCCGGUAUCAUAUUUUCCGAAAUUUUUGUUAUAUUUUUAGCCAGUGAUUAACAUCACCGAAGUUUCUCAACGACUUUUAAGUACCCAGACGCUCAAAAACUAUACAUCGUAACAUGUAUAUCAAACUUCUUUUCUUGGUGUUUACAAUCGUGGCAUAUACGUCGGCACGCCCUCAACAAUUGCCGUUAUCUCUAGUGCCACCCAUCCAACAGGGUUUUGUAGCACCACCACAAAACAACGCCAUAAAUCCUUCAAUAAACUCUAUCAACAAGCCAACCAAUCCUAUUGUAGUAGCCGCAUUUCAAAGGGAUGCUUUGUUGCCCCCGCACAUGCAAAAUGCAUUUUACAAGAACCCGAAGAUAGCAGAAAAUUUGGCUCAGAAUAGUUGGUUUGGCCCUGGCGAGCAACACGCUGUCAAUAGAGAAACGGAAAAGAUCCCUAGAGAGAAAAUCUUUCUCAUCCUAAAAAACGCAGGCCUAUUACCCCCACCUUGAUUCGACAUGAUAGGAUUAUUAUUAAUAUUUAAUAAAAUUUUAUUAUUACGCAUUAAAUUAACUGUAAAUUAAAAAUUGUUUUCGUAAUC